AUGUUCCAGGCUGUGAUCAAGUCCUCGCCAACAUUACGACAAAGAAUGCUCCUGGAAGCGCCGAAGACCACGAUCAUAGCACCUGAGCUACCGAACAUCCUUGAUGCAUACAGAGCAUUUUUCGCAGCGAUACAAUGCGUGCUCUUUCCCUUCUGGUGCCACUUGCGACCGAGCACGGGACCGGAAGCGCUUGUUCUGGCAAUGAACGUUUCCCUCUCCUGGAACGAGGAGUCUCCGGGCGUUAUGGUCGGCCGGGCACCUUGCACAUUGGACGGCAGCAAAGCGAUUGAGCAGAGCGAUUCGUGGAGGAAUAUUCUUGUGCCUUACUUUCCGCAGUAUGCGAUGGAGCUACAGUGCUGCGGGUAUCCGGUUGAUGGUAGUAUUACGGAGGGGCAGACGCUUGGAGAGCUGGCGGACAAGGCGAUUGAUGCUGGCAAGGAGCAUCUUGUGAACUUGACGCCGGUGAUGUACUAUGGGUAG